UGCUGAACAGUCCCCGGGAGAUGAGGCUAUUUUUGUUCGAAGCUGAUACUUCUCACUGAGCCACAAGUGCUGCUUGGAAAAAGGGCUUAGGUUGUUUCCAGGGGAGAACUCUGCGGAGAAGAGGCAAAGUUCAACAGGACAGCAAAGAAGCAGCAGAAACAGCCAGGAAAACAAAGCACCCUUACAUUCGAACACAGAGCCCUCUGCCAGAGUUCUCCAAUCCUAAAAGGUUCUGCAAAGUACCACUUGACGAGACCUUUUCACCUGCCUGACUCUCGAAGACCACCAUGACUGAGAUCACUGCCGAAGAAAUUGACCUGGCCCCAGGAGCUAGAAGAGAUGGGUGUUCAGAGGAACAGAAGGAGAACGCACAGAAUACUGAGAAUGUCUCAGAGAUAAAGGAGGAAGGAAAUGCAUCUACAACCACCACUGUGAUCGACAGCAAAAAUGGCUCUGUGCCCAAGUCCCCUGGCAAAGUGCUGAAGAGGACAGUCACCGAGGACAUCGUGACCACCUUCAGCUCCCCUGCCGCCUGGCUGCUGGUCAUUGCCUUGAUCAUCACGUGGUCAGCUGUUGCCAUCGUUAUGUUUGACUUAGUGGAUUACAAGAACUUCUCAGCAAGUUCUAUUGCCAAGAUUGGAUCAGAUCCUUUAAAACUAGUCCACGAUGCUGUCGAGGAGACCACGGACUGGUUCUAUGGCUUCUUUUCAUUGUUGUCUGACAUCAUCUCAUCUGAAGGCGAUGAAGAAGAUGAAGAUGGGGAAGAGGACAUUGACAAAGGAGAAAUAGAGGAACCUCCCCUGAAAAAAAAAGAAAUACACAAAGAAAAGACUGAAAAGCAGGAAAAACCUGAAAGGAAAAUACAAACUAAAGUUGCACACAGAGAAAAGGAAAAAGACAAAGAAAAAUCAAAAGAAAAAGAAAAACCUGAAAGAAAAGCAACUCACAAGGAAAAAAUUGAGAAAAAAGAAAAACCAGAAACAAAGGCAAAAGAUGGGAAGAAAGCUAAGAAUAAAGAGAAGACCGAAGAAAAGACGACAAAGGAAGUGAAAGGCGGGAAACAGGAGAAGGUGAAACAAGCAGCAGCAAAGGUAAAAGAAGCACAGAAAACACCACCGAAACUGAAGGAGAAAGAGAGCAGAGGGCUCGCAGCUGCAUCGGAGCAGGAACAGAAAGGACAAAGCCCAGCCCCAGGCCCUCCGGUGCCCGUGCUGCAGGCUCCCAGACCUGUGCCUACCACACCUACUCUGGAAGAGAAAGAAGACAAGAAUAAAGAAGAGAAGACAGUUACUUCUGAAACCAAAAAGAAAGCAGACAAAGAAGAUGCUAAAAAGAAAAGUGAGAAGGACGCUGUCCCAGAUGCGAAAAAAAAAGAGCCAGGAAAAGCUCCUGAAACCAAACAAGGUACUAUAAAAGUUGCAGCACCAGCAGCAGUGAAAAAGGAUGAGAAGAAGGAAGAGUCCAAGAAAGUGAAACCACCGACAGAAGAACAGCCCAAGGGAAAAAAACAGGAAAAGAAAGAAAAACAUGUGGAGCCAGUAAAGUCACCGAAGAAGGAACAGCCAGGUGAGUGAGGCUGGUGCCCUUGACUCUGCCUGCCGGCUGCUGGUUCAUGGUGCAGCCACUGUACCCCUGGGUGUGUAAAUCUAGU